AUGGCGCAUGCUUUAGUUACCAAUAGCGAAGACAAUGACGUAUUAGACAAUAGGGGAGAGUAUUCUUCAGAUUAUUUAUCGAAAAUGGCCACUGCGUCUCACACGACAGAAGGUGACGAUGCAGCUUCAUUGUUCGAUACGAAUAAUGCAGCAUGUGAUAUGCUUUUGGAAUCACAGAAUGUUGAAAAGAAUGAACCAUCUGAGGAAGUGCGACAAUAUUUAUCGAAAAAGACAGCAUGGGUCAGUCCAAAUGAAAAACAAUUUGACGCAUUAGUAGGUUUUGUUCAAAAACGACUCGAUGAAGGUCAUGGUGAAACGAUUCUAGAGAUCGGAACUGGAGCUGUUGAUUGCGAUUGUCCUGGUUUGUUAUCUGAUGAAAUGGAAGCAUCAGUUGCCACCUUGACAAGUAUGGCUUCUGUUCUUAAUUCCGAAAUUCAGUUAUUACGUGAAAAAACACUAGUAAAUAAUACAAAAUUCAUAAAAGAAUUUUUAAUUAGGCGGCAUAUUGAUGAAGAAGAUUUUAUGGAAGUACGAAUCGCUGUUGUUGGAAACGUAGAUGCCGGUAAAUCAACUUUACUCGGUGUAUUGACCCAUGGAGUUCUCGAUGACGGUAGGGGUAUGGCAAGAAUGAAAUUAUUUCGACAUAAACACGAAAUGGAGACUGGUAGAACGAGUAGUGUUGGCAAUGAUAUUCUUGGUUUUGAUGCCAAAGGAAAUAUUGUGAAUAAACCUGAUACUCACGGAACACAAGCGCUAGAUUGGACAUCGAUUUGUCAGAAAUCGGCUAAAGUUGUAACAUUUAUUGAUUUAGCUGGACAUGAGAAAUAUUUAAAAACAACAGUUUUUGGCAUGACAGGUCAUGCUCCUGAUUUUGCAAUGCUUAUGAUUGGAUCAAAUAUGGGUAUUGUUGGAAUGACCAAAGAACAUUUAGGUUUGGCCCUAGCGUUAAAUGUUCCAGUGUUCGUUAUUGUGACAAAAAUUGACAUGUGUCCACCCAAUGUUUUGCAAGAAACACUAAAAUUGCUACAAAAAAUUCUCCGCUCUCCUGGUUGUAGAAAAAUACCAAUGCUGGUUCAGACCAAUGAUGAUGUUGUUACUUGUGCAACGAACUUUACGUCUGAACGUUUAUGUCCAAUAUUUCAAGUGUCCAAUGUAACGGGACAAAAUUUAGAUAUACUGAAAACAUUUCUAAAUUUGUUAUCAACGCGUAUGGAAUCUUAUGUAGAUGAACCAGCAGAAUUUCAGAUUGAUGAUUUAUAUUCUGUACCGGGUGUUGGUACAGUGGUUAGUGGUACAACACUAAAAGGUGUGAUAAAAUUGAAUGAUACUUUACUGCUGGGACCCGAUGCACUCGGCCAAUAUAAACAAGUUCAAAUAAGAUCAAUACAUCGCAAAAGAAUGCCUGUAAGACAAUGUCAAGGCGGACAAACUGCCUCAUUCGCAUUAAAACGAAUAAAAAAAUCCGAGUUACGAAAGGGUAUGGUGUUAUUGUCUACAAAAUUAAAACCAGAAGCGUGCUGGGAGUUUGAAGCAGAUGUUCUUGUUCUACAUCAUCCAACGACAAUCAGCAUUAAAUACCAAGCAAUGGUUCAUUGUGGAAGUAUUCGGCAAACGGCACAGAUCUUAUCGAUGUCUGUUGAGCAUAUGAGAACAGGAGAUCGAGCGACUGUAAAAUUUCGUUUUAUUAAAAAUGCUGAAUAUUUAAGACCAAAUAUGAAGCUAGUCUUUCGAGAAGGACGAACAAAAGCCAUUGGAACAAUAUCCAAGCUUUAUACUCAAGUGGCAGCACAGCCAAUGAAUUCCAAAAUUAAAUCAGUGAAAAUGCAACAAUCGACAACCGACGGAUCUCAACAACAGUCUAUAAAACGUGUCGAUAAUAGCAGUGAUACAUCAGCGGUCAAUAAACGUUCAAAACAAACAAAACCACGAGAAGAAUCGACACCACAAGAGGAACCAGCUGUACAACAAUAA